AUGGCCCGUCUCUGGUUGGUCGCCAGUCUCGUCGGGGCGCGCGGCGUCGCCGGCCUGGGUGCAGCCACCACCGAUUCCAGCACGAUGCAAUUCGCAACAGCGGUGGACGAGAGCAGCGCCUACCAGCAGGCAGCGGCACUGGCCAGUGCCAGUUCGGGUUUCGCACCAGUAAUUUAUCAGCGGGAUGGCAAGUGCCUGGGAGUCGAUGUCUGGGAUGACUCGGAUGAGCUCUACGUGUACACGUGCAAUGGGCUUGACGAUCAGAGUUGGCGCUUUGCAAACGGAGAGCUUCAAUACUACGACGGCAGGUGUGUGGAGAAUGAUAACGUGCUCCCAAGGCUGAGGAGCUGUGAUGGCUCAACAGCUCAGAAAUUCGUCUAUACGGUGGAUCGAAGCAUUCAGAACAAUUCCUGA